AGCCGCGCGCAGGGGCGGGGCGCCGCCACCGCUUCCGCCGGGCUAUGGGGCCGCGCAUGGUACCGCGGCCGCUCCCGGCGCUGCUGCUGCUGCUGCCGACGCUGCUGCUGGUGCGCGGACUCAGAGAGGCCGUGUCUCCGCCACUGCGCUCCGUGCAGGUCACGCUCUCGCCGCCGCCCGCCGUGACAAACGGGAGCCAGCCGGGCGCGCCGCACAACAGCACGCACGCACACCUCCCGGGACCGCUGCGCUCCCAGCUGCUGCGCUCCUUCUACGUGCUCACGGGCUUGUGCGGCCUGGCAGCGCUCUACUUCCUCAUCCGGGCCUUCAGGUUGAAGAAGCCGCAGCGAAGGAGAUGUUGAGCCGAGGGGAGGCAGCAUUUCUAGUAGCCCCAGGGGAUGACAAGAGACUAGACCCACCUCAGUGCCCAGCGUUCCCAGCCUGUCCUCCUGCUGGCCUGAGUGCCUCACCACGUGCCAGUCUGAGCGCUUCUGCUGGAACCUGUGCCACCACCCGCCUGCCUUCCCUGACCCUCUCCUGGACUGCCCAGCCUGGCCUCCCAGAUGCUGCCUCGGCCUGGCCAGCAUUCCAGGUGGUAGAAGCCGUAGGGGCCCCAGUAGCCGCUGCCCAGGGCUCUGAGGCCCCUUGCUGGACUGUGACUUGUGCUGCUCCCUGUCCUCUGUGUGCAGGGAGCCCGAGGGGCCUGUCUGGGAGUGCCUUCCCGCUGGGCUGGGAACAAUAAACGUGGCAGUGUUUCUGUA